ACGUAUGCGUACAGUUGUGCAGUAAUUUUGCCAGUACCGUCAACCGUGUAGCAAUAGGCACAUUAGAUCAGAAAGCUACGAGUUCAUAAACACUCGUAAACAUGGCGUCAGCUACAGUGAAACGAGAUAUUUCUACGAUUUUCCUCCUUGUUUUGUCUAUAACUGGGGCGAUCUUUGGAUUACCACUUGCAGAAGUAGAUGGUGAAAACAGAGAUGGACAAAUAGCUCAACCUAAUGGACAGCAGAUGUUUCCAGCUGAUAUGCCCCCUCCUCCACCAGGUGCCUUCAAUGAUCCAGGACCGGGAGUAUUACCCGCAAGUAAACUACCAGAGCCUCCAGCAGAUGACGUAGAACCCCUGUCAAACAAUGGUCUGGCGGUGAACCCUCCCGCAGAAGCGGCUGGAGUAGCUGGGACGGGAUUAGCCAUGAUGGCAGGUCCUGUGGUUCCGGGUGCCGACACGGGUGUAAUGUUUCCAGUCAAUAUGCCACCGCCUCCCGAAGGUGCACUUAACGAUAUGGUACCCGCUGAAGGACAAGUGGUACCUGCUAAUAACGGUGAUAUGUUUCCAGUCAAUAUGCCACCGCCCCCCGAAGGUGCAGUGAACGACGUUGUACUUGACAUUGAAAAGAAAUUGGUACCUGUAAAUAAUGGUGGUAUGUUUCCAGUCAAUAUGCCACCGCCUCCCCAAGGUGCAGUGAACGAUAUGGUACCCGCUCAAGAACAAGUGGUACCUGCAAAAAACGGUGGUAUGUUUCCAGAUAACAUGCCGCCACCACCACCUGGUGCUUUUAAUGACGGAGCUGCACCGCCGAUAGAACUUGAAAUCGCACCAAAGGAGAAUGAGGUGAACCAGGAAAAUAUUGUGCCACCAAACAAGGACAUCGCUUCACCCCCAUACCGCGGUAUGUUCCCACCAAACAUGCCACCUCCCCCACCGGGUGCAUUCAACGAGCCGCCACCAAUCCCGAAACAGAAAGCUUAUCCAGCGAUGCCCAUCGAUGGCACUGCCGUGGAACCGACUUACGUCAAUGGAAUGAAUGUCCCCGAUGCAGCGGUUGUGCCCCCAAGUGACCAAAACCCGUUUAUGGAUCCUAACCAGAAAUCAUCCCUUCCUUCAAAUCAACAAUUUGUAGGGACUGAAAACGGACCAAGCAAUGCCCCUCAAUAUCAACCUGAUACAGCUGUAUCCAAUGAUCCGAACACCCCAUACAGUCAGACAGAUGUUAAUCCCCAAGCCAUAAGCCCUAACACUCAGGACAAUCCUGGAGAAGGCCAAGCACAAUAUAACCCAGAGGAUCCAGAUAAUCUUGAUGUCUCUAACAAUCCAAGUCCAAUCAUCAACGACCAACCUGUAGAGUCUGUCCAAAAUCAAAAUGAAGGUCAGAUCCCAUAUAACCCAGAUGAACUUGAGGCUUCACAAAAUAGUUCAGUCCCAAUAAGCCCGAAUGACCAGCCUGCCGAAUCCUUUCCAAAUCAAAAUGAAGAUGUGGCUCCAGUGAACCCAAGUGUUCCUGAAGCUGACAAUGGAGAUGAAAAUCCUUCCGAGUUACCAUCAGAAUCGACAACAAGUGAACAAUCUUAUGGGGAGGUUGGUAAAUCGUCGUCGUAUGAGGGAGAACAGAACAAAGUUCAAGGAGAUUCACAGCAAUGGUCUCCAGAAGAAUCCGACUCCGUUUCAGAGGAGGUGGAAGAGUCCGCCUGGGAAGAGAGCCAAUCUGAGUCCGACUACUCAUUCAUGAACUGGGUGGAAUCGAGCGAUUACGAUUCUACGGAUUCUUACAACGAAGGUGACGGGGCCCUCGAGAACUCCUUGGACGAUUCAGAAUCAGAACAGUAUGAAUCCAGUUAUCUAGAAGACGGCUCAGAUUACUCAGAUAGCUCAGAGCUAGAUUGGAUCUUCAAUGGUGGUUCAUCUAUGGCUGCUGGAUCAGAAACAAGCGAGGACGAAGAGGAAGAAGAGGAGGACUACUUCGGACGAGACCUAGCACAAGAAACUGGUUCUCAUGGAGAGGAUCAGAAACAAACUUUCCCAAACGAAUUCAUGGGGGAAGAUGACAUGUACAGGACUGGUGGAACGAAACUGAUCAUGUACUGUAUUCCUGCUCUUAUCCUAUGUGUAUUGAUCCUGUUGGCCUGGAAGAAUUACCGAGGGAAGAUUCGGGUUGUCAGUGUCCAUAGUGUAGACAACAAACAGUACGAUUGGAAGAGUGACCGCAAAUCAGAGGAACACGCCCCUAUGCUGCUUGAUCAAGACCAAGAAGAUAGAGGAUACUGAGUUUGUCAAGGGCAAGAAAAAAAAAGAGGUUGAAAUGUUACAUUAUUGCAUAGCAGUAUUUAACAGUGUCAUGCUUAAUAGUAUGAAUACCAAAGGGCCUAAGGGCUAAAUACACGUUACCGAAAUAAUAGCGGCAGAAUAGUAAUUCCAUAUUCAAGUAUUCAAGCCUAAGCAAUAAAGCAUAAAAAUAUACUGGAGAAGGGUCAGUGUAUUUGGUCAUUUUGUUAUCCCAUAAGUUAGCACGCAUACUAAAAUUAUGAAUAUAAAUACAUCAUCUUAUCAUCAUCACUAUUUUCGUUAUCAUCAUUGUUUAGCUGAGGUUCAUCCACACGCUGGACAUUUAAUUUCCCUUUAGGCCCUUAUCCAACCUUCAGCAUCCACCUGGGUGAGAUGGUAUCACAUCUUCCUAACUCUGUUCCGAUUUAAGCUCCAGUAGGGCUCUCAUUUCAGUACAAUAUUCAGGUAUACCAGAAUUUAUACAGGUAUACACGUAUGUUAUACAUGGAUGUAUACACCUAUGAGGUUGGUAACGUAUGGGAUAAGAUAGCUUGAACACGACCUCCAAGAAAUAAAGCCGAAGCGAGGAAUUCGUAAGAGCAAUGCGUCCUUAUAAAAUAGAAAUGUGAACACAGUAUUUUCUUAAUUAUUUGCAGCAAUACAUGUAUGAGAAAUACAGAUUAAUUGAUGACGAAACAAUCGUUUCAACUUUGUAUCUACAAGUGCCUUGAUUUACACGAUCCUAUUGAAAGUUCAUGUGCUUUACUUUCCUUUCCUGUGUUUUAUUCAAGGGUGUAGUUUUUCGGAUAUGUUUUUUGGAUAGAGAUAGACUUAAAUUAUGGUGCAUAGAAUUAUAAGUAUCGUGGUCUAGUGGAUGUGUUAUUUGACCUCAAAUCUACAGGUUUCAGUUCAUUCUAAUCCGUAGUAUGACGUCCUUCUGUGUUAAUCGGCAUGUGCUCGUCUUCAACCAGGAGUAGUGAGCAAGAGAAUACAAUCAUGACCAGAAUAAUUUUUUUCUUGUAAUAGCAUUUUGGUUGAAGCCAGGGAAAACGAAUAGUCAGCGCUAUGUAUUCCCACGAUAAAUUGUUUAAUAAGCAUUUUGAUUCAAUGAUUAUGGCAGGCAUAUCAUGGUAGCAUUAACUCGGUCCAAGGUUCAAAGCCAAUGUUUAUUUUCACAUUAUCUUGUUAUUUAUGUAUAGUAAUUUGUUUUUAUUUUGAUAACCGUGUGUUAUAAUGUAGAUAGAAAAUUUUCGCCACUCGUGCACCUUAAUAACGGGGAGUUAUUAUUUUUUUUUACAUACUUGGCCUUAUCAACGACAGUUGCGUACAGACACUGGCACAUGCCAACCCUCCCCCCCCCCCCCCACCCCCGGAAUCGAGGGGUGAAAAAAUGAUAUACGGCGAGAAAAGAAAGAUUGGGAGAAGGAAACAAAAACGAGAAAAGAGGAAAGAUGCGCAAUCUCUCGAACCCUCCCAAAAUCAGUAAACUUGUAAAUUGGAAGUUCAUUAUCUGAGUAUUACCAGUGCCCCCUCCCACAUGGGUUGAGUCAUUCUACGCACUCGAUCACUAUUUUGUCCAGGAUGACUGAAAGAGAAAGCUGUUUGUAACCCAAUCUAUUCAGUAACUUGCAAACUUUUGAUUUGAAUUACAGGCCAGGAAGGACAUUUAAAAACGAGUCCUUCAAAUGUGAUAUAUGCCUUUGUAUUUUCUUGAUUUUUCGAGAUUGGAUUUUGUAGAAUUUUCCGGAUAAAUUUUAACAAAACUUCUUUUGCUUUGUUUUAUUAUUAGAGUUUAACAAAUUUUCCUCAUUGGUCUUUUUUCCGGCAGUAAUUGCAUGUCGAUUGCGACAAUGAAGUGUACAUUCAGUUAAAUGCAUCAUUAAACGGGCAGUAACCCCUUUAUCUGUCAUAUCAGUGCAUAAAAUGUAUAUUCAUGCUACGUGUAGUAUUUAAUGAAAGAGCAAUAAUUGUAUAUACAUGUCAAUAUAUAACUUACAGUUUCGUUUAUUUCAUUGCAGUUACGACUAGUUUCAUUAAAUGACAAUGGUGUGUGAAUCGGUUACCUUUUAAACACCAAAUCAUGAUUCGAUAAAGUUCACUUUGAGUUGGUUAGCUUUUUGUUUGAUACAGAUUGAGUAUUUUACAUAUUUUUGUAUUGAUAACAUUUUGUUGGAUGUGAUUUUUAUUGAAUAUUAUGGAACAAUAAACACUAACUUAAAUAUAACUUUA